UUGGACGAGCCAGUUCUUCCCUCUUUCAUUACCCAUUUCCCCGUUAUUCCUCCCCCUCUCUGUAGCUUCAUCUGCAGAGAGAGCGAGGAGAGAUCUUCCGUUUCCAUUGGAGGAAGGAGACAACAAAAAUGGCGGAGUGCGGAGGAGGAAUUGCGCACAGGCUAGCCAGCAGGAGGUGCUGCGUUUUCAAGGAGCUGAGUUUCAUCGACAGGCGAAGGACCCGGAACAAUUUCCGAAACGUUUCGAUGAUUCCUCCUUUCAAGAAGCACCUCUUCGGCACGCGCUGGCGAUCGCUGGGCGUCAGCUACCGCAUUCUGAGCAUGGACGCUCGAGAGAAAUCAACUUCUACUGUACUUGAAUCAUCAAAGCACAAGAGGGUACCAGUGUUCGUUGUAAUGCCCAUAGACACAUUUGGUGCUGAUGCGUCUGGCAGUCUAAGGAUCAAAAGACUCAAGGCAUUAACUGUAUCUCUGAAAGCACUCAAGCUGGCUGGUGUCCAUGGAAUUGCGGUAGAGGUUUGGUGGGGAAUUGUGGAGCGUUUUGCUCCUCUUGAAUAUAAUUGGCGCCUUUAUGAAGAUCUUUUCAGACUGAUUUCGGAAUCAGGGCUGAAGUUGCAUGUUGCUUUGUAUUUUCAUUCAAAUGUACAUCAGCAUAGAAAGUGGGGUGUGAGUCUUCCACUGUGGAUUGCAGAGAUUGGUAAAAGCAACAAGGAUAUAUAUUACCAAGACAAAAGUGGUCUGUCCAAUGCUGAUUAUCUCACACUAGGAGUGGACAGACUACCUCUAUUUAAUGGACGGACUGCUCUCCAAUGUUACGAGGACUUCAUCGUCAAUUUCGCUAACAAAUUCGAACCUUAUAUUGGGAGUAUAAUUGAAGAAAUAAGUGUUGGUCUUGGUCCCUCUGGGGAGCUCAGGUAUCCAGCACAUCCUCUGGGUGACGGAAGAUGGCAAUUUCCUGGAAUCGGUGAAUUUCAAUGUUAUGACAAAUAUAUGAUGGAGGACUUGAGGAUCGCUGCAUGUCAGGUGGGAAAGCCUGAAUGGGGAGAUAGGGGACCUCAGAAUGCUGGUUGUUACAAUAGUCUUCCACCAGGGGUACCUUUUUUUGAAGAUGGACAAGAGAGCUUUAUAUCGGAUUAUGGGCGCUUCUUCCUUGAAUGGUACAGUGGCAAGCUAAUCUGUCAUGCAGAUGCUAUUCUGGCUAAGGCAGCUAAUGCAUUGAAGAAGUACCAGCAAACUGUAGAAACCUCGGUUCUGUUGGUGGCUAAAAUUGGUGGAAUAUACUGGUGGUACCAGACUAUCUCACAUCCGGCUGAACUUACAGCUGGUUACUACAACACUGCUCUCAGGGAUGGUUAUGAUCCCCUUGCAUCAAUGCUGUCCCGUCAUGGUGCUGCUUUGCAUAUUCCCUGUCUAGAGAUGAUGGACAACGAGACCCCACCAUCUUAUCUUUGCAGCCCUGAAGGCUUACUCCAACAGGUUUUGGCAUCUUUUCUUAACGGGCAUAUCUAAUUUUCUGUGGAUUGAGUUUAGCGUUUUAGGUAGCCAGUUUCUUGACCCCUAGUUGCUUAUCAGAGUUCAUGUGGUCAUAUUGUUUCAGCAGCUGCCACAUUAUUUUGCCUUCUCCUGAGUUGAUUUUUCACUGAUACAGAUAUGCAAAAUUUCAAACAAAAGAAUACAUUUGAUUGGAAGAAAUGCUAAUGAACGGUUGGAUAAGACGGGAUUAAGGCAAAUACUGGCGAACUGUAAUCACCCGCAGGCAGAAGCUGUAAGGUCAUUUACUUAUUUCAGAAUGAACGAAAAGAUCUUCUCAGUAGAAAACUGGAAUAAUUUUGUCCCCUUUGUUAGAAAGAUGAGUUCAGAUUAUUGAACUCCUCGAGUACAUUCUAACCAUUAAUUGUACUCUACUGUAAAAAGAAGGAAAAAUACUGCAUCUCCUCCCAUCUAAUUUUUUAUAUGAGAGCGGGGGAGGUUGUAAAUGACGAAUUCAGAGUCAUUGCAGAUGACAUCCCUGUGCCCAGCCUCAGUGAAUGACAUGAUCUCUGUUUUCUGAUGAACUUCUUAACGAAUGAUAGUAUCAUCACAGGCCACCGCCUUCUUCAUACGCUCGCAUCUGGAGCUUACCUAACUAAUGUCAUGUUUGUCAGUCAAGUGUUAGGAUCUAGCAGACUUGAAUAUUGACCUAGAACGAACAACUCUGCAAAUGACUCAUGACAAAGAGGUAGUAGCAAUGCUGCUUUGCCUUCCUUUUCCAAUUGUCUGUCAGGUAUCCACACCGGCCGAGGGAAUAUUGAAGCUGGUCUUGCCACCAUUCUUUUCUUGUUGCCUUUUACAUAAGCUUUGCUGCAAUGUUUAGAGGCAG